AUGCCUAGAGGGCCUGGCCCUACAGCACGGGCAGCUGCAGAUGGCAACCAGCGGAAAACAAGAGGCAUGGAAGGGACUGCUGCAGUGGUGAUGGGACAGUGUCGCACUUCAUGGUCUACCCCUCAUGGACAGUCUUUACUAUAUGGCCCCUCUGCUCCUGUGACUGGUCUCCCAUUCUGUGGGGAAUUUGUGUCUUCAAGUGUUCCAUUGCCCAGUCAGAUCCCAAUCCCGCUGCCCAGUGGUUAUUAUGUGAACAGGAGGCCCGCUGGACUAUUGACACAACUAAGCCUGCCAUCGACACUGUCUCCAAUGCCAGGCAGUGAGGUGCCCCAGCAGGAGCUAGUCGAUGUAUUGGAGGACGAUGAUGAUGGUGAAGACACAGACAACAAGAAGAAUGGCACUUUACACACCCAGGGUGCAAAGGUAGAAGCCAAUGGCGAUGGCAGGCAGUUGGAGAGGUCUGGCAGUUGUGGUCGAAGCAACGAGAUAGACAACCUGCCGGAUGGGGGAGCAGUGAAGGGGAUAUCCUUGAAAGACCUCCAGGCACAGAUUCGCAAGUCCGACGAUGUUGCAGCACGGCUGGGCAUCCAGUCAGUGACCCUGAAGCAAAUCUGCCAACGGAAUGGCAUAUCACGCUGGCCAUCAAGGCAGACCUCGCAAAUCCGCAAAGCGUGGCACCAGACGGGAUACCAAGGGUCACCACCACCGUAA